AGAGGGCGUGUUGAGCCAAUCGUCUGCGCUUACGUGGUUCAUUCAAGCAUGGCGGGGAAAACUAAACCUUUGCAUUGACAACACAGCGAGGUCAAUUCCUACAAGAAUACAAGUAAACUUCCACAGUUGACAGUGCUUAUAAGCUAGAAAAUCUUUACUAUGCAGUUUGACGUGAGAAGGUUUGACAUCUAUCGAAAAGUGCCAAAAGAUCUGACGGAGCCCACAUUUGCUGGAGCAGUCAUCUCAAUAUGUAGCUGUUUGUUUAUCACUUUCCUGUUUUUAUCAGAGUUUUAUGGUUUUAUUGGCACCGAGAUUGCUAGUGAGUUGUUUGUUGACAACCCGACAGAAGACGACAAGAUACCAGUCAUCCUAAAUAUCACCUUGCCAAGGAUGAAGUGCGAGUUCCCAGGGCUUGACAUACAAGAUGAGAUGGGAAGGCAUGAGGUUGGCUUUAAAGAGAACGUUGAGAGAAGAGAAAUUAAUAAUGGAGAGGGCUGUUUUAUCAGUACAAGAUUUACUAUUAACAAGGUUCCUGGUAAUUUCCAUGUUUCAACCCAUGGAGCAGGCAAGCAGCCUGAUAGUCCAGAUAUGAAUCAUAUUAUCAACGCUGUAAACUUUGGUUCUCGUAUCAUGGACAAACUCCCAGGUGCUUUUACAGCAUUAAAAGAUCGCAAGAGACAUGAUACUAAUGGUUUAGCUUCACAUGAUUACAUUCUUAAGAUUGUUCCAACUAUUUAUCAAAAACUAGAUGGAACCACUACCUUCUCAUACCAAUACACAUGGGCCUAUAAAGAGUAUGUCUCAUAUUCACAUGGAGGACAGAUGCUACCUGCAAUCUGGUUUAGAUAUGAUCUUAGUCCUAUUACUGUCAAGUACAUAGAGAGGAGACAACCACUGUACCACUUUAUUACAACUGUUUGUGCUAUAGUCGGAGGUACAUUCACCGUGGCUGGUAUCAUUGACUCUGCAGUGUUCACAGCCAGUGAAAUGUGGAGAAAGCACCAACUUGGCAAAUUGAGCUAGUUGAUGUUUAGAUGCAUGUAGUAAAGAGCCCCGUUUUAAAACAGGGGCUCCUUAUGUUAUGAGUUAGCUUUACUAAAAUAUAGAAAGCGUUCUUAAAUUGUUUUUGAAUCAUUGGAAAGUAUCCUUGAAAACAAGAUGUGUUUUAAGAGCAGGGUUAUUCACUUUUACGGUCUGUAGAAUUCAACCAAGUAUAUUAUUAACUAUUUAUUAUGUUUUAAGAAGUUAUAAUGUUAAUGUUAUAAUGUCGGGAAUUUCGGUCAAGGUAUGAAUAAGUUAUGACCCUAAAAGACCACUCCAAAAGUCAAUUUUUAAUUUCAAUGUUAAAGUGAAAAAUAAACAUUGUGUAGCUAAGAAGUGGUUUACAAAAAAACAAAGAAUGUUUGAGCACUUGUAUCAUG